AUGGACACCAUUGACAUUCCAGUUAUUGAUUUAAAGCAAGAUCAGAUACAAAGUGUUACAGAGCAACUUUAUGCAAUAGCAAAGACCUCGAAAGAUGUGCGAUGGAAGGAUUUCAACUUAGAAAAUGGAGUAAAGUGGACAAGCUGGACAAUGAGAGAAAGUGUUUACAAAAAAAAAGGCAAAUUGCCUACUAUGGCCAGGGGUAUUUUUACAGAAAAGAUAGAUGGAAAAUAUCAUAUUGCAGUAAGAGGAUAUGAUAAAUUCUUUAAUAUAUUUGAAACUGGUGCUACUCAGUGGCCAGCUCUUGAAUCAGACACGACAGGACCUUAUGAAAUUACGGCUAAAGAGAAUGGAUGUAUUAUAUUUAUCGCUGCUCUAUCAAACGAAACAAUUGCUGUCACUUCAAAGCAUUCUAUACCUGAAGAUAAAGCUGAUAUCAAAGCACAUGCAGGCGUAGGCUAUAAUUGGGUUAUAAAGCAUCUAGCUUCAGUUGAUAAAAAGGAAAAGGACUUGGCUGAAUGGAUGUUUGACAAGAACGUGACACUUGUUGCAGAGCUCUGUGAUGAUGAAUUUGAAGAGCAUAUUUUGCCAUACACUGGUAAACACCGUGGACUUUACCUUCAUGGGAUCAAUUAUAAUACGAUAACACUUUAUACGCUUCCUAGUGCCAUAGUGCAGAAGGUAGCAUUCAUGUUUGGAUUUCAUAUAACAAGUUUUAAAGUACUCAAUACAAUUGCUGAAGUAAGAGAGUUUGGUGAGGAAAUGCAAAAGACGGGCUGUUAUGAUGGAAGAGACAUAGAAGGGGUUGUAGUCCGAUGCAAGAGAAAUGGCAAUGAUUUUAUGUUCAAGAUAAAGAAUGAACAAUAUUUGAUAUAUAGAGAAUAUCGAGAAGUUACAAAGGCAAUCUUACAGCAAAAUACAGAUGGAAGUGUCUCAAUCAAAUCAGGCAAACAACCAAAAUAUAAAUAUGAUAAAACAGAACUUUAUAUUGAAUGGUUAAAGAAAAUGGUCAUGGAGCAUCCUGAAUGGUUUAAAGAAUAUAAAGCACAAAAGGGCAUUAUUGAAACGCGUAUUGAAUUUGAAAAAUACUUGCAAGAGACAGCAAAUAAAUAA